CGGUAAUGUUCUUGCUCCUGCCCAUACAGGAGUGUACUUCACCAAAUACUGCAGAGACAUGUGCCAGCAGCUCGGCAUCGGUGGCUGGGUGAAGAAUAGCAAGACCGGAACGAUUGUGGGCAAAAUGCAAGGCGACCGAGGGCAAGUGGAUAAGAUGGUCCAGUGGCUAUCAAAAACCGGCAGUCCAGGCUCAAAAGUUGAUCAUUGUGACUUACACAAUUGGGAAUUUCUCGCCAGACAAGACUUCAGGGGAUUCAGCAUUAGAUUUUAAUUUUUUUUAAGUGAACUUUGUAAAUAAUCUAUUGUGACUACAACGAAAUUGAGUAUGAAUCAUUAAAUAUUAAAUGUUUAAUAUGUGAAGUGCUUCUGCUUAACGUCAAAGAAAGACCGCAAUAAAAAAGGAAAAAGACUGAGAAUUCAAUACAUAAAAAAACUAAAGGUCUUUGAAAUUACAUAACGAGAUUAUUAACAGUGAAAAUUCAGCUAGUUAGUGUUUACGUGGGCAAAAUAUGUAAUUUGGGAAAAUUAAGAAAAAAUUGAGUUUUUAUUGCCAAAUUUAAUAAAUUUUUGAAUUUACAAAAAAGAAUACGAAACAUUGCUCUUAAUAUUCCUGAUUGUAAUAUUCUGUACAAUAUCAUGUAAUUGUAUUGAUGCCUACAGUGUUAUGUAGAAAAUUCAAAUAUACAUUUUCUAUUGUAAUACUACUUCUAGCAAUUUAUUGAUGUACUUUCAAC